UUAUCCUCCGGACCGGGCGGCUUUUUGGAUAUCCUGGGUAGUGGUGGUAGUGGCAAACUUUACAUGUAGACUAGAAUAGAAGUUAAGACACAGAUAAUACCUAUCAACUCGCGACAAUCCUGAUAAAUGUAUCUAACUCUAGCAUUUUGCACUAAAAUCUAUAGAAAGCUGGUUUUCUUUCUUUAGUCUCCCCUCGCCCUGUUUGAAUAUGGAUUCCAGAUAUAUUUUGGAGCAGCCGUCAGUUGGGACAAGGAUCGGCGGUGCGGAUUUUAACUGCCGGGCAGGCCGCUCAGUGCUCCGCGACGCCCGGGUCCCCUCGGUGGAGAAAAACGGUCCCAAGCCGGUGUACACAAACGGGCCCAUCUUUUACAAAUUCGUAAUGGACGGCGGCUCCGUGGCGGAGGUUAAAGGCGAGCGAACCUCCUUAAACGGGCACGGACUUUCGCCGGGUGGUCGGAUAUUGCACGACGUGGAAAAAACUGGCCAGGGGGACCAAAGAGACACUGGUUCCUCUGGGAUCUUGAAGAGGGCCAGUCCUACCCACUGCCCAGGCAUCAACAGGCAGUUACCAGGCGGCUUCAUGCACUUGGACAUCAAGAACCCAGGGAAACAGGCGGAGGUGGCCAACAACUUCAGGGCAGCACCAACAGAGAGCCAACCCCUCCCCUCGUCCCACAUCCCCGUCCCCAGAAACAGGAAGCCCUCAGGUCAUGCUGAUAAGGAGGUGAUGGCUGCCACUGUCCUGACCUCACUGUCCACGUCCCCUUUGGUGCUAUACCCUUCAUCAGCACCCACAGUCCCAGAGCCGGCCAGCAAGGCUUGGAAAGAGGUGCUUUCAGCGAGCUACAGCAGUUCGACCAGCGGCAACUGGAGCUGGGACACCAGCGACCAAUCAGUGCCCUCCACACCGUCCCCGCCUCUUUCCAACGACACCAACAAGAACUUCCUGCUCUCGUCCCCGGGUGAUGAUGUCAUCGAGGAUGUCACAGAGAGCACGCACUUCAUGUUUGAGGACCCCAUACCUCGGAAGCGAAAGAACUCCAUGAAGGUGAUGUUCAAGUGCUUGUGGAAGAACUGUGAAAAGGUCCUCAGCACCUCCUCAGGGAUCCAGCGACACGUCCGCACCGUCCACCUGGGGCGAAACAGCGAUUCGGACUACAGUGAUGGAGAGGAGGACUUUUACUACUCAGAGAUCGAGGUGAACGUGGACAGCCUGACGGAGGGCUUGUCCAGCCUCACGCCCACCUCCCCCACCACGUGCGGCCCUCCGCCCAUCUUCCCUCCACCGCUCUGCGCUGUCCCUCACUCCGAAAACAUCAACAUGAACGGUCCACAGAGCCACGCCCCGACACUGCUCAGCCAGUCAGCUCCCUCCACGCUCUGCCACAUCCGCACUGACCACGCCUACCAGGGGCCUGUGACUCACGUCCGGACAGUCAGCAUCGGGGAGAAACGGCAGCCAGCAGCCAGCACACACGCCACUGUUAACAAGAACCAUGCUUUAAUAACGCCGGCACCUAAAUCAACUCCAGGAACCAGGAAACCCCGUGGGGAGGCAAAGAAGUGCCGAAAGGUGUACGGCAUGGAGAAGAGAGACAUGUGGUGCACAGCCUGUCGCUGGAAAAAAGCCUGUCAGAGAUUCACCGACUAAUCCAGUCCCCUUCCCGUUUCCGUGAGAUGAGCUCUUCCUCAGUCGGAGUGACAGCUGUAGGUGGAUUCUUCCACCGAGGAGACGAGGGGAGGUUUCUUCACGACGGAGCUCUCAGUGCUGUUUCCUCCAGCCCAGCAGGGGGUUCGCCUUCUCUCUAUUCUGUUUCCAGACACAAAGACACAAAAUAAAACCGGCGGGUAAAAGAAAAAGACAAAAAAAAAACAACUUUAUGCAGGUUUGGAGACUUUUUCUAAGACUGAAACUCAUGAAAAAGGAAAACAUUUAAAUUGGAACCUUCUGAUUUGAUUUUUUUUUGUUUCUUUUCAACUCAAGGCAAUGUUUAAAGACUACAGAUACGCUUUUUGGUAUAUUCUGUCGUUUAUUAUUGGAGCAUCAUGUUGUCUACUGCCUAUUGGGUUGAUCAUUUUGGAGGUUUAAGGGUUAACACCUGGUUUGCUCAGUAAGACCUCUGUAGCAUAUCCGUUUCUCAUUGUCACUGUUUAAGGGACUUCAAACGUACCAAAGGCAAAAAGCCUGUUCACUUACAACCAACAGUUUAGAUGUAAGCUAAAUCCUGAAUCUAGCAUUACUGUCUUCUGCAGCCUUAUUGGAUAUCGACUUAUGUCUAAGUACAUAUUGAUCAAUAUCUCCUACCUGUUCAUUGAGCAACUUCAGUACAGCCAGCUAUACUUCUUGUAAUUUUGCAAAGAUGCACAAAACCCCAACACAAAAGUGGUACAAAAAGUUUCCUCUUGACUUUUCAAAAAAAAAAACAUUUUUAGAGAUGUACACAAUAUACAAAAAUAUCUGUUCUUCUCUAACCAUGAACCCUAGAGAUAUGCACCUUGAAGAAAUAAGUCUUUCUUAUAUAGAGUUUAUUUUCAGCAGUGACUUGCUGAAGCAACUAGCAGUUGCACCGUGCAAUCAGCAGGAUUACAGCAUUUAAUAAUGUCUUUCUUGCUCUGUGGUUUUCAUUGUUAUUAAGGGGAGUUGAGGCAGAAAGGCUCAGUUUUUUUCCUUUGACAGCUGAUGUUCUUACAUAAAUUGUUUACCACAAUGAAUGAUACAUGAACUGCCCUUUGAAACUUUAACUUAAAGUCUGACUGAUGUAACUUGUGCAUGGUAAAAAAAAAAACAGAGAUUGUAACCAAUCAUAAAUCAUUUAAAUUAUUUCUUGCAAAUAGAGAGGGUACCCAAUUUGUAGUCUUUGGAAAAACCAGCAACAUUUAUAGAUGCCAAACUUCAUGGGAACCAGGACUUUUCCUAUGUUUUUAGUAGAUGUUGUGUUAAAUACUUCGAAAUCAUCUUUCACUCCAGUCGAACAUUUGGAAAUGAAACCGAAGAAUCAAAUCAAGUCAGUGCCGAGCAGCGGUGCAGGUGGUCGACUGUAAACUGAUUGAUACGGAAGGAAAGCAAAAUAUAAAAAAAUGUAGAAAAGUAGUUUUACUUUUAAGAAGAGGCCUAUAAAACUAAAAGAAAAAAAACAGGCCUGUUUUUCCAAGCUUUAGUUAUAUUAGUGGUAGAUUUUUUUUUUGAUUGUUAGAUAGUUAGUUAGAAAUUCACAUACAUGUUACAUAUUCACCUGUAUUAACAAAUGUCAGCAAUGUUGGCCAAUUUCCCUUUACUUUUAAAGCCCAUUGUGUUACUUUUUUUGCAUAUCAAUCUAAGAAUAUGGAAAAAAAAAAGCAUUUAACCUUCCAGAGAAGCUUGGAUUCUCUCUUGCAACACAGGAGUUUCACUACAAAAAGACAAAUACCUUGAACUAAGUUAACUAGUUAUUCUUUUGAGGUAACCAGCCUAAAACUGUACACCUGCAUGGUCUUAAUGAGACAUGGGUAGACAGAUGUUACUGGUGAUAGUAAUGAUAAUAGUAAAAUAAAAAAAUACACAUCAGUAAUCAUAGUUAAGAAUGUUUGAAUAACUCCUACAUUCAGAGAUCCCCAGAAAAGAGAUUAAUUUUUAAUUUUUUUCCCUCCUAUCCCUUCGAUCCCUGCUGGCAUUUGAGCGAGAGGCGGGGUUCACCCUGGACAGGUCGCUGCAUAAUCAGAGGGCUGAUAAAUAGACACAGACACCUAUUAAUUUUCACAUAGACACCUAGGAGCAGUGUAGACUUAAUAAUACCCCUCUUCUUUUAAAAUAAUUUUCAUUCUGACACUUAAAAAAUCUAUACCAUGCCAUGUUGGUAUAAUUUUUUCAGCACAACCUCACCUAUAUGACUUUAUAUGAAAUUAUUUUUCUUCUUUGACUUACUUACUUAUUUGGAAUCCAAAAGAAACAAACAACAAAAACCAACACAAAAUCUGAUUUCGAAAAUGAUGGGGGUUUUUUUUACUCCCAAAACACAAUUGUGCUUAAUGAAGAAUUUAAAGAAGAAAUAUAACAUAUUAGAACAUCUAGUUAUCUGUUUUUAUACUAAAUAUAUUUGACCUUAUCCCCGUUUUUUACUUGGCCGAUCAUCAUCAAACUAAAACUGACGUCGCUUCAUUUUCACAAAGUAAUGCGCUUUCAUGGAAUCCAGAAGGUUAACCUAACACCUGCACACUGCAAAAAAAGGUGUGUCUAAAAACAAGAUAAAAACACAAAAUAUGAGGGAAAUUAUCUUGCUGCAUGGACAGAUAAUUUCACUUGACAAGAUUUCUGAAAUUGAGAUUAAAUAAAGAUUAAAUAAGCAUGUUAAACGCUUAAAAUAAGAAAUUAACUCUUAAAACAAGAUAAAUUAAAGCUUCAAGCAGCGAUGAACUGGCAAUGCAAAUUAUUUGUUUCUCACCAAGAUAAAAAAAACUUUAGAUUUAGAAGUGUUAGAUAAAUUAUCUUGUUUUAAGAGGUAAUUUAUUAUUUUAAGCGUUCAACAUGCUUAUUUCUAGAUUUAACAAUCUUAAUUUAAGAAAUCUUGUCAAGUGAAAUUAUCUGUCCAUGCAGCAAGAUCAUUUCCCUCAGAUUUAGUGUUUUUAUCUUGUUUUUAGACACACCUUUUUUGCAGUGUGCAUGUUUUGGGCUUUGGGAGGAAGCAAGAAAACCUGGAGAAACCCAUGUUAAAACACCAACUCUAGAAAGUUUAUAAGCGCAAAAUGACAAAGUCGCCAACAAAGUCAAACCCUUUAUCCUGAGAAAGAAGAAAAACUCUUCAAACAGCUAUCUUUCUGUGCUGCUUUCACAGUCGUGGCAGCAGAUUAGUAUUUUUGAAAGAGAUCUUGUGCUGUUUGUUAGUAGCUUUUUGAAUGUAGAUUCUGCUACGUGUCCUCUUCCCUCAAACGCUCCUGACACUGACCUGACCUGAUUACCAUAGCGAUGGAUGACAAACACACACAUGCACAAACACAGUGGCUGUCCUCACCUAUACGGGAACAGCACUGAUGACUCAUUAUCACGUCUUUAUAAAAGCUAGGAAGCAGUUAUUUGACUGUUAAUUGGUGCAUUGAAGUAAAAAAAAACAUUUAACACACGUUGUAAUAAUUCAGUUCCCAUUAUAAACCACAGCUUUGUUUUGAUCCUGCCUGUAAAUCGUUUAUUCCAGUGGCAUCCCAGAUAAGCUUCCGGUCUCUUCCGGUCAGAAACUUCACAAAGUGCCAAUGAAAAGAACAUAAAAAAGGAAAAAAAAGGUAUACUGACCUAAUGAAAUUGCACUACGUUGCACUGCGCAAAGACAUGUUUUUAUACAUGGACGUUUUAUAUACACAAAUUUUUUCGAGGGGGCGGGAGGGGUGUCGUCACUGCCCGGUUGAAUAAAUGGGGUGUCAGGGAUACGGGGGUUGUGUAACCUCUGGGGUCCCCCAUUAUUAGCAAGUGAUCUUGAUAGGUAAUGUCUUGCUCUCUGUGUCAGAUUUAUAGUUCUCAACAUACUGGCUGUUUUAGGAGUGCGGUACUGGGAAGUACAGUGUGGUACUUAGGUAGUCAGUCACUUUGCCUUUCCUUGGAGGAGUGCCAAGGGCCGAAAGCUGCACCUGCCUUGUCUCAGUGAUGGGAAAACACCAGUCUCAGUCUUGAUAACAGAUGCUUUUACAAUGCGUCAUUGCCUGGAGGAUUUUUUUUUUUUUUCACAAUAUUCACAGACUUUUUAUCCGUAAAGCCCAUCUUUGUGCUUCCUUUCUUAUUUACAUUUUACUGAGCUGAGGUGUGUAGAUACUGUUCUUAGUGCUGGAUACCACUUUUAAUUCUCUUUAUCUCCGGUUCGGUUGUUGAUGGAGUGUCAGCUGCAACCCAUCAGGUCUCUCUCUCCAUCCGAAGCACUUUUAGAUUCCACCAGCAGGACGAGAGGCCGAUGCUUUCUCCGGCAGUUGAUGGGACUGUUGGCACUGGUCGAGCUAACGGCUUCCUGUGGUCGCCACUAUUCCACCUUUCUUUUUUUCGAGUUGCACUAAACUGGCCCGAGACGAUCAAGGCUCAAGUCGCAUCACCAAGAGCUCGGCUUGUGUCAUUUAGGCCAGAAAGAACUGUGGGUACAAAGUUGCUCUUGUAGAUUUUAUUGGUGAUGAUUUUUUUUUGUCACCUGUAAAAUAGGAGCUGGAGAUUGAAGUUGACUAUUAAUGGGAGUGCAGGGAAAGAGUUGAUGGAGAGCAGACAUGAGACAAGCAGUGACGAUUUAGAUGGAUUUGCAGUUUCAGGGCUUUCUUGUACAUAUGCAACGUAAAGAGAACCGUGAGGCUUUUUUCAUAUAUUGUUGUCGUUUUCUUUGUUGUUGUUGUUAUCUUGUUAUAUGAAAAGUAAACUUUUUUACAGCAUAGUUGCUCAGAAUAUUUUUCUUUCUUUUUUUAAAGUCGAUCGAGAAGCUAUAGUGAACAUAACACGUAAAAGAUUCAAUGUAUAUUGUAGCUUAGAGGCAAAGGGGAGAAAAACAAAACCUGUUGAAUGUAAAACACACAAAAACAAAAGUCUCUUUUUUUGUUGUUAUAUUUGCUGGCUUGUUCGUACUGCCUGUAGUGAACCAGUAGCGCUUCCUUUUUUUUGGUAUCCAAAUCUUUUAACACCCAUAGCUGUCACCACACUGCUAAGUCAUAUCGAAUCACGCAACCAUGCAGUAUUGCUUUACUAUCUUACUUUGUGCAAUGAGAUGAUUUAUAAUGGAACAAGAACUAACUUGCGCUUUUGGUGACAUCUGGGCUACUCGCUCACACUGUUGCUGUUUGUCUUUCUCCCUGCCAAAUAGUCAUUUUUCUGAAUAUGUGUGGUUAUUGUCGUCGUGGAUGUUGUUUGUGGUUGUGACGUUAAGUUGUUGUUAGGCAGGAUAACCUUCGAAUUUGACCCUUGUGGGAAUCUUUAUCCUGCCCUGCACAUUCCAACCGACAGCACGCUUUUAGUGUCUUCCACUUGUUUCCCAAUAGACACAUCCUUCCCAUUUCCUUUUCACUACAGUGAUUCUUCCCUGAUCACCUUUUCCUCUUUCCAUUUCCUGUUCUUGUGCUAUCCAGCUUUACUGUGGUCCCACCCAAGCCUUUACCCAGUAUAUUAAGCUAAACUAAACCCUUGAAAUGUGCAUCAAAAAAAGCCUUCAUUAUUAUUUCCACAUGUCAACAUGUAUGUGCUGCUUUCUUGAAUGUCAGUUUUCAUUUGUGUGUAAACCAGCAGCAGCAAAAGCCAAUAGAUCUCCUUCCAAAUCAAAUGUAAUGUAAUGCAUUGCAAUGGCAGCUCCAUUCAAUUAUCUGCUUCUUCUACCGUGCUCUCACUGUUCGUCCAAACUUUUACCCCUUUCGUUUGUCACAUCUCUUAUUCGAUGACCAUUUUUUUUCUCCUGUUGGGUUUUUACUGAGCCUUACACUGGCUGGUGUGAAAACUGACUUUUGCUUGUUUUUGUUUUCUCAUUGAUUGAUUGAUUGAUUGAUUGUCUGGUUGAGUUUGAGGUUUUGCAUGUCUAGCAUCGCUCAUUUUUUUUUGUUCUAUUUUUGUUAGGAGAUACAACACUGAAGGGUUUUAUGUGUUAGAUAUUCCCUUUCAGUAACUGAUAACCCA